ACCAAUUCCCUACUUUUUCUCUUAGUGUCCAAAGGAUAUAUCCACAGACAUGUUUUCCCGUCUUUGUAGGCGCUUUGGGAGAGUUGAUGUUGAUAGAGAAGAGUCUAGAGUGGAGCAAACGAAACCUAAAGUUAAUGAUGGACACAGGACAUGGGGAAUGUGGAAGGCCUGCAGACAGACGUCAUCCCCUGAAAAUAUCCUAAACAAGGUGCAGGACAACGAGGAAGAGGAGAGGCUGAAUAGAGAACUGGAGCUAACUACCAAGGAGAGAAAUGAGCUGACAGAUCGCCUCCUUUAUGUGACAGGUGGAUCCAUGAGCAAGAGCCCCUACUUCAGGCCAAAUCCAUUUUAUGAAAACUUGAAGAUAAAGGAGAAAGAGGUCAUGUCAUUACUGCACAACUUAGACACAAAGAACAUUGAACAUCAUGAGAAAUUUCAGGAGCUCAAGAAGGAGAUUAACUUCUAUCGCAACCUGCACAGCCGGCUCCUGAUGGACCAGGCAUGUAUGAAGAAGAAGUUGAUCACAUUGAAGCAGGAGAGCAAGGAGUUACAGCGAUAUUUGUUUGAGUUGAACCCGAAGGAUGAAGAUGAACAGGAGAAGGCCAGCAACCUCCAGACCCAGCAAAAUGUGGUCUCAGAAACUGCAGGAGACAUAGCAUAGGACGGAUCCCAGGAAGACAGCCCCCUGAAGAGUGAGUUUCUUCCUCAGGAGUUCCUGUGACGACAAUCCUCACAGUCAAAGACUUUUUGGGGGAAUAUUCUUCUUCUCAGAUAAUUUCCUCAAUGUAUAGAGACCCUAAAUUUAUGUAUCCGUAUGCCAGCCUGUCUGGUUGAGGUCCUUCUCCUUUCUCAUACGGACAACACCAUUUGAGAGACAUCUGAGGGGACUGCCUUGACGUCUUGUCCUAGAGGAGAAACAGCACUACAACUGUGUUUCUAAAUGUUCAUUAAGAAAAUGCUGUUAAGAAAUG